AUGAGCUAUUUAAAGAUUGCCAACAGAUUUAAAAAAAAACGCGCCAAAAAUGUGACGCAGGAGGUCAAAGUUCAUGAACUUCGCGGAAACUCCAGAAUGGCGGAGGCGAUACUUAGCCAGAUUUCUGGCGACUUUCUGGAGUGUGCGAUCUGCCUGGAGGCUUACAAGGACCCCAAGAUCCUGCCGUGUCUUCACACCUUCUGUAAGGGCUGUCUGGAGAAGUUCUUGGCGAAGGAAAGUGACGUGAAGGGACAGUUUCCGUGCCCAACGUGUCGGACCGAAACCGCGCUUUUGGAGGGCGGUCUUGGCGGGCUCAAAGACAACUUCUUUGUCCUGAGCUUGAGGGACACUGUUGAGGCUCAAAAGAGUUUGGUAAGCAAGGAGGAUGACAAAAUUCCUUGCGAUGUUUGCGAAGAAGUAUCAACCGGUGGCUGUGAGAUCUGUGAAGAGUUCUUGUGUGACGAUUGUGCUCGUACUCACCGUCGAGCCAAACGCACACGCGAGCAUGAAGUCAUCGGCGUGGCAGAGCUUAAGGAAAAGCGCCUCGCCAAGACGCGUUCCCUCAAGUCAAGAUCUCUGCCGAUCUGCCCAAAUCACGAGGACGAGAAGUUGAAGUUCUUCUGCGAGACGUGCCUGCGCCCCAUCUGCCGAGAUUGCACGGUACUGCAGCACAAGGACCACAAGUACGGCUACCUGUCAAACGUCGUAGAUGACUUCAGGGUGAAGAUCAAGGACACACUAGAAGCUGCCAAGCCGAAGAUCGACGAAUACCGAGCUAUCGCAAGUCUCCUAGCCAAGAAGCAAGCUGAACUAGAUGAGAAGAAUAAGAAAGCUGCAGAGGGCAUCACUUCAGCUGCCGAGGAUGAGAUCAAGUACUUGAGUGGUCUUGUCAGAGACAAGCAGAGAGAACUUGAGGAACAGUUAGCAGCCGACACGGCAACCCGUUCCAAGCAGCUCUCUGCUACGGCAGACAGUGUUGAGAGCACCUUAGGCUGUCUGUCCAGCACCGUGGACUUCUCGCAGAAAGUCGUGGAGCAUGGCAGUGACUUUGACGUCAUGAACGUGUACUCUGACGUCACAGCACGGCUAGAGUCUCUGCUGAAAGGUCCAACUCCUAACAUUCCUGAUGACAUCAGUGACGUCACGUUUCAUCCCCAGAUGAAGAGGAUGAAGAAGCAAGUCAACCUGGGCGACAUUGUUGGUGCAACCUCCAGCAUUACUGAUAAAGCUGUUGCUGAAGAUGAAACUGCAGAGGACCAAACUGGUGUGUGUAUGAAGUUCACCACCCUGGGAGCCACGGGUCGUCUGGGCCCCGCUACCCUGGGGAACCACUACAAGGGACAACAGUAUGAACAUCUGGUGACACUACAUGACGGGAUACAACACUUCUCCGUACCAGAGACAGGAACAUACACCAUAGAGGCAGCAGGAGCUGCAGCAGGCUGGGGACCUUUUGAUCCGAAGUCUGCCCGAGGACGCGGUGCUGUGCAGAAGGGAACAUUCCAGCUUACACAAGGAGAAGGUCUAAAGAUCCUGGUGGGACAAGAAGGUGCAGAGAACAAAUCAGGAGCAGGUGUAGGAGGAGGGGGUGGUACAUUUGUAACCAUUUCAUCACCAGAUAAUGAAGAAAGGCUGCUCAUUGUUGCUGGGGGUGGGGGAGGAGGGGCAGGGUUACAGACUCACAACCCACAGUCUGACGGCUCUGUGUCUCAAAGUGGUAACAAGAGUUAUGGAGGACGUGAAAGUAGUGGGGGAAAUAAUGGAAGUGGAGCACAAUAUAAUGACUAUACACAAGGUAGUGGUGGGGGUGGUGGCGGGCUGAAUUCCAGUGGAAACAGUUAUGGUCAAAGUGGAAAAGGAGGCAAGUCUUUUACAAAUGGUGGGGUUGGAGGACAAGGUGCACACAAUAAUGCUGAUGGUGGGUUUGGUGGAGGGGGAGGGAGUUAUGGGUUUGGUGGUGGGGGAGGUGGGGGAGGGGGGUAUUCUGGUGGUGGCUUGGGGGACUUUUGUUUGCAAAGCUGUGGAGGAGGUGGAGGUUCGUUUAACUCUGGUAAGGACAACAGUGGCCAGGCUGGGGCAAAUGACGGACCUGGGUAUGUGGUCAUUACUAAACAAAACUAGAAAUCAACUUUUAGAUGUCAUUUUGAAAGAAAUGGUCAAAUUAAUUUCAUACUAUACUAUGUUACAUUUAAAAACUUAACUUAUUAAAGAUUCAUAGAAAGUUUCUUACUAGGUAAUUGGCAGUAGAAAAGUUUAGACUAGUUUCUA